AUUUUGCAUUUCAUUUAUUCUUAUAUCGUUAGCAAGACAAACAACUGCCCUGCAAAAAGGUUAUUUCACUUAUGGAUGCAACGCCAGAAAUUCAAAAGUGGGAAAAGACAUGCUUUCUUUGUAAUGGCCACUAGUACAGGUUUCAUAGCAAAUAUUUUGCAGCUUUGGGAUUGGCAUCAUAACAGAUCACAUUGUCAUUGGACUACAUUCCCAAUGUCUUCCAAGCCCCCGUAUAAAGUUGCUGAUAUGAGCUUGGCUGAAUUUGGGCGUAAGGAAAUAUUAAUGGCGGAAAAUGAAAUGCCUGGUUUAAUGGCGAUGCGUAAGAAAUAUGGAUCACUCAAGCCGUUGAAAGGAGCCCGCAUUGCUGGUUGUUUACAUAUGACUGUUCAAACUGCGGUACUGAUUGAAACGUUAGUAGAACUUGGCGCUGAGGUUCAGUGGUCAUCAUGCAACAUAUUUUCAACGCAAGAUCAUGCUGCCGCUGCUGUAGCAAAGCGAGGUAUUCCUGUAUAUGCAUGGAAAGGAGAAACGGAGGAAGAAUAUGAAUGGUGUAUUUUACAGACGCUAAGAUUUGAUGAUGGCCAGUAUUUGAAUAUGAUUCUGGAUGAUGGAGGCGAUUUAACUAACAUCGUCCAUGAAAAAUUUCCCCAAUACUUAUCUGGAAUUUAUGGCCUUAGUGAAGAAACCACGACAGGAGUACACAAUCUCUUCAGAAUGUUUGCUACUGGGAAAUUAAAGGUACCAGCAAUCAAUGUGAACGACAGUGUCACUAAAUCAAAGUUCGAUAAUCUGUACGGGAUUCGAGAAUCUCUACCAGAUGGUAUCAAACGAGCAACGGAUGUGAUGGUUGCUGGAAAGGUUGCUGUUGUAGCAGGUUACGGAGACGUUGGGAAGGGAGCAGCUGCUUCACUAAAAGCUUUUGGCGCACGGGUGAUUGUGACUGAAAUUGAUCCAAUCAAUGCUUUACAAGCUGCUAUGGAAGGAUAUGAAGUUAAGACUUUGGAACAUGUGGCACCAGUGGCAAAUAUCGUAGUCACUACAACCGGUUGCAAAUGUGUUGUUCGAGGAGAACAUAUGAUUGAAAUGCCCGAAGACGCCAUUGUCUGCAAUAUUGGACAUUUCGAUGUCGAAAUUGAUAUAAAUUGGUUAAAUACAAAUGCGAUAAGCCGUGAUACAGUGAAACCUCAGGUUGAUAGAUAUCUGUUGAAAAAUGGAAGGCACAUCAUAGUUUUAGCAGAAGGACGACUAUGCAAUUUAGGUUGCGCUACGGGACACCCUUCAUUUGUUAUGAGCACGUCGUUUACAAAUCAGGUAUUGGCACAAAUUGAAUUAUUUACAAAACACGGAACUCCGCAACAAUAUAGCAUUGGCGUUCAUGUAUUGCCAAAAAUACUGGACGAAGAAGUUGCACGACUCCAUCUAAACAAACUUGGUGUCCAGCUGACAAAAUUAAGACCGGAACAAGCUGAAUACCUCGGCAUACCCAUCGAAGGACCAUAUAAACCGGACCAUUACCGUUACUGAUUGAUCGCAUAUUUAUUCCCUGCUUUUGCAAGUCCAUGAGCACUUUUGUCCUGACUGAACAGAUUGUUGAUAAUCCAUUUCCUUGUUUACAGGUUGUUCGUUUUAAACUUUGCAGAGUCACCGUAAUACAAUAAUGUGUUCCGUUUCAGAUGCCAGAUUUUCAGCCGAAUAAACACUUGUUCUUAUUAAUAGAUACACAAUACAUUUCACUUCAAAUAUAG